UGCUGGAACAAUGGAUUUAUACACAAUUGGCCAUUUCUACGUUGACAAGCUAGUUGAGGAUAUCAACAAUAGCACUGCAAAUGUACACUCGUCGUUGAGUGCGUCGAAUAUCAAUGUCUUGCUCCUAGACAACUUCACAAAAUCAGUUAUUUCUAUGGUUGCAACUCAGUCUGAUCUAUUGGAUAAAAACAUUUUUUUGAUUGAUGUUUUGGAAAACAAAAGCAGAGACAACUUGAAUCAUUUGAACUGUUUAAUUUUCUUAAAUUUGAACAAUGCCCAAACUUUGUCCAGCUUGAUUGACGAAAUUGUUAAACCAAACUACUCCAACUAUAAAAUCUAUAACACAAAUCUAAUUCCUAAAUCAGUCUUAGAGAAGCUUGCCAAAUCUGAUAAAUUGUCGUUAAUUUCAAAGAUCUACGAGAUUUUUUGGGACUAUUUGAUCAUCAAUAAAAAUCUAUUUUUAAGUAAUCAAAUCAACAACAUCAGCAAUCAUAAUUACAACAUUUUCAAAAGCUCCUCAAAACUAUCGUUAAACGACACCUUUUUAAAUAACAAUAUCUUGAAAGAUAUCUCAAAUUCAGUGUUAUCAAUACUAUUAUCUUUCAAAAUUAAACCGGUCAUCAAAUUCGAAUCAAAUUCAAAAGUAUCUUCAACUCUAGCUAAUCAUAUCUUUUAUCAAAUCAACUCUUUAAAUUCCAACUACUAUUCUCUAUUUAAUGAUAACAAUUUAAAACAACAAUCAAAUAACAAUAUUACCAAAAAACCCUUAUUGUUGAUCUUAGACAGACGAAAUGAUCCAAUAUCCUCUUUAGUGUUACCUUGGACUUAUCAGUCGAUGAUAAUGGAAUUGGUUGGCAUCCAUAAUAAUAUAGUUAAUUUGAGUUCCAUAUCCAGUUCUAAAAGCAACGAAAUAAAUCAAUUUACUCUUAAUGUAGAGUCUGAUAAUUUUUUCAAAGAUUCAGUUUAUCUUAAUUUUGCUGAUUUAUCAGAUAAAAUCAGAGAUUACGUUAACCUAUACAAGCAAAAAUCUCAACAAAAUGACAUCAACAAAAAUUUUAAUAAUUCGAAAAACUCUGGAAAUAUGAACAUCGAUUCAAUAACAAGUAUCAAGAAAUUCCUAGAAAAUUUCCCAGAAUUUAAAAAAUUAUCUUCAAAUGUCAACAAACAUAUCUCAAUAACUUCGGAAUUGGACAAGAAAAUUAAUAACCAAAGAUUAUGGGAUAUCUCAGAAUUAGAACAAAUCUUGUCAGUGAAUGAAAAUGAUUAUAGUCUACAUAAACAUGACUUGAGUGAUUUAAAACACCUAUUAUUGAAUCUAGAUCCAAGCAAUAACAAUGGUCAACUGCAACAAAUUUCAAAUAAAAAACCAAUUUCAGACGAUGCCAAAAUUAGAUUGGUCUGUUUAUAUGCUUUAAAAUAUGAGCUAUAUCCUCAAAAUCAAACAAAAUCUUUGAUUAAGAUUUUGAAAAGCCAAAAUAUUCCCUCCUCAAAAAUCGAUAUAAUUAAAAACCUAUUAACAUAUUCUUCCUCGAGAAAAAGAUUGAAUGAGUUUAAUGCUUCUCCUUUUACUACAAUAAAAUCAAACUCAACAAAUCUAUUUAAAAGUUUGUCCCUAAUAAAUAAAGGUGAUAACGAUACUGAGAAUACUUCCGCGUUUAUGCAACAUAUUCCAAGAUUACAAAAUGUAUUAUUAAACGCAAUUGAUAAUAAACUAUCUACAAAAAACUAUCAAACUCUCGACCCUUACAAUUCCUCAAAUAACAUAUCUGAAUCAAUUUCUUCUUUUUCCAGCAACAAUCCAACCAUCAAAUAUACUCGAAUAAUUGUAUAUAUGCUUGGUGGAGUGACUUACGAAGAAGCAAGAAUUGUAAACCAACUCAAUGAAAAAAAUAGUAACAAGGGCAUCAGUAUUAUUUUAGGAAGUGAUAAGAUUUUGAACACUAAAAAGUUUUUGAGUGACCUCGAACAAAUGAGCGAAAGCGUCCCUGAUGAUCAAAUAACUGAAAGCAAUUUACAAGGCGCUGAAUCAAGAGCAGCAAACAGGCGAUUGCAGUUGGGAUUAAACAGUAAUACAAAUCUUGACAGCAUACUUUAAUAAUAUCACCAUUUAAUUUGGUGGUAUGUACUUUUUUUUAAAUUC